AUGAGCCUUGCUGGUCAGGCUUUCGUCGUUACAGGGGGAGCAUCCGGGAUUGGGAAAGCAAUCGUCAAAAAGCUCCUUGAACUGUCAGCCAAGGCCUAUGCUCUCGAUUUAUCCGAAAUCCCCAUCCACUCAUCCACUCCUGGGGAACUAGUACCGUUCUCAAAAGUCGAUGUUUCCUCACGAGCAAGUGUCAAGUCUGUUUUCGAUAAAAUCUCACACCAAGACCCAGAGCUCCGCGGUUUGGUCAACUGUGCUGGCAUCCUGCGCGCCACAGACAGUUCUGAGAACUCGGAUGAAAGCUUCCGCUUACUUUGGGAUGUCAACGUUAUGGGAACAUGGAACACGAACACAGAAUUCCGCAACUUUGUCAAAGCAUCGAGAGAGAACACUUCAGGGUCCAAGGAGCAUCGAGCGGCGAGUAUCGUCAACUUGGGGUCCAUGGCGUCGGUUAGGGGUAUCCAUGGGCUUUCGGGGUACGUUGCCAGCAAGCAUGCCGUGCUCGGUCUCUCUCGCACAUUUGCUCAGGAAUGGGGGCCUGAAUCGUUCAGGGUCAACACGGUGGCCCCGGGGGCUGUGAAUACGCCAAUGAUACAGGGGAUGGCGGGAGACGACUCGCAUAAUGCAGCAUACAAAGGUGCUUUCAAGAGCCUAUCGGAACCUGAAGAAAUCGCGGACGUGAUUUUGUACCUCCUGGGAGACGGUUCAUCUUCAAUCAGUGGGCAGCUGAUUGAGGUCAAUGGUGGAUGGCCUUAG